AUGGCUCCCACACAGCCUCUCUCCACUUCUGAGAACUGUGAUGCUGCUGUGGUUGCACCUUGGGGCACCCCCGUGGAGUCCAGCCCGAUGCUGGGGCUGGUGGGGCUGGUGCUGUGCCUCGUGCCCGUGGACACCCUGACUGCCUUCCCCCCAAAGUUCCAGGUGGGGCAGCUGAACGAGGACGUGGUGGUGCAGUGUGACACGUUGGAGCCGCACAUCAGCUGGACACUGAACGGAGAGCAGGAGCCCAUGGCCGAACUGGAGGCUGAGGGCCGGAACCUCACCAUCCUCGGCUUAGACCUGCCGGCCACAGGCAACUACAGCUGCUGGGCCGGCCCUGUCCUGCUGGACACCACCUACGUGGUGGUCAGCGGUGCCCGCGAGGAAGAGAUCAACGUGUCCUGCCAGGCUGAGUCCUACCAUGGCUCCUUCCACUGCUCCUGGCCUGGGCCCCCCUCUGUCGUCUUCCGCGCCCGCCUCACACACAGCGAUGGCUCCGAGGGUCCGUGGGUGCCAGUGGCCGGGGGCCACGGCCGGUUCAACGCCACUCUGGCCGACCCCUCGUUCUGCCCCUUCGGUGAGGAGCUGCGUCCGCUGUGGCUGCACCUGGAGGGGCUCUCGGAUACCUCCUACCUCAGCCUCUCCAAGCACUUCUUCCUCCGCGACAUUGUGCGUCCCGACCCGCCCCAGGAGCUGACCCUGCGGUGGCAGGGGGAGCAGCUCCACCUGACCUGGGCACCCCCAGCCUCCUGGCAGCGCCCCACAUCCUACUUUGUGCUGCUCUACCACCUGCAGUACGAGCUCCCCAAUGGCACCCAGGUUGAGCGGUUCGUGGAGGGCGUGGAGGAGACAGAGGUGCAGGUGGGCGCACGGCGGGUGCGCAUCAGCUGCCGGGACCCCCACACCCCCCUGGCUUGGAGCCCCUGGAGCCCCUGGCAGGACCUCGACACACCACGAUAA